AUGGUAGAUCAUCAGCAGUUGAUGCGUGUCUAUGGUGCAUUGAUGUGGUCACUUGGAAAAGUUAGUUUCACAUUUCGAAUUUAUAAUGGAGCCAUUAAUUUUUUUAGACGUCUAUUCCAAGACGAACAGCAUGACUUGUUCCAAGAUCUGCAAGCACUUCCUCGCAACGCUGCACUUCGCAAGCUCAAUGAUCUUAUAAAACGAGCUCGUCUAGCGAAGGUUCACGCGUACAUAAUUUCCGAAUUACGUAAACAAAUGCCAAGUAUGAUUGGCAAGGAAAAGAAGAAGAAGGAACUAAUACAGAAUUUGGACAAGAUAUUUGAACAGCUUCAGCGAGAGCACAAUAUAUCACCUGGAGAUUUCCCUGAUGUGAACAAAAUGCGUGAUAGGCUGCAAACACACGAUUUCACACGAUUCAAUCCAAUUAAACCGAAAUUGCUUGAAAUAGUUGACGGCAUGCUUGCUACUGAUAUUGCCCGGCUCAUGGCCCAGAUACCAAAAGAAGAAGCCCAAGUAACUGCUGCUGCGACCACUAACGGACAUAUACCCGAGCAACCAACGGUGAAAGGAGGAGCCUUCAGCCAAGCUCAAGAGGCCGAAACUCCCUUCGGAUUCGGACGGGGUGAAGGCUUCGAUAAAGGCGCUGAUGAACCUGAUUGGGUCGUUAGUCGUGAACGAAGAGAUGCAGAUGCCACAUUUGAAAGCCUCGGACCAGUUGACGGCUUUAUCAGUGGGCGUGUUGCCAAGGAGCAUAUGGUCAAAUCUAAACUGCCGAACUCAGUGCUUGGAAAGAUUUGGAAAUUGGCCGAUGUCGACAGAGACGGGCAGUUGGAUGCCGAUGAAUUUGCUCUUGCCAAUUAUCUUAUCAACCUCAAGCUUGAAGGUGAGUGA